GCCAUGUUGUACGUUCGACAGGUAACGUUAUCAGUUUUUCUAUGCUGUAUGAUGGCUGCGCUCGCGCGGCCCGACGGUGGCGAUAGCCCGCCUUUGCCUGGCCCUGGUCUUUCAUAUGGAGGAAUCCCGUACGGCAGCAUGAGCGGCAACGUCGCCGAAUUCUUCAGACAACAGGCGGCACCUAGCGGCAGGAGUGCGUACCGCCAGCAGUUUACCAAUACGGCAAACGUCGACUUCGCCCCGAUUGAGCAGUGGCUGCGAUAGGUGGCGCUAGUAGUUUAUAGACGUGGCGAGGUCAUAGAAUUUG